AUGAAUAACCUGUCCUCAAAAUGGAUCAAAGUUUCUGAGCCCUUCCCUCAUAUACUGCUUGUAGAGCUGGCUCGAAGUCCAGUCAAUGCAAUCUCUACCGAGUUCUGGAAAGCCUAUGGAGCAUUGUUUGACGCCAUCUCUGAAGAAACCCCAGAUGUAAGAGCUGUCGUCCUCUCUUCGGCAUUCCCAGACAUAUUCUCAGCUGGGUUGGAUUUGCUCGAAGCAGGAGAAAUCGCCAAAGCAACAGCAGACGCCGAUCCAGAAUCCACCGAUGCUGCACGAAUAGCGUUGGAUUUCAAGAAACAAAUCAAGCCGUUCCAGGAAGCUAUUACUGCGCCAGAACGAUGUCUAUUUCCUGUUAUUGCAGCGGUGCAUGGCAUGGUUGUUGGUCUGGGCGUAGACAUCAUCUCUGCGUGUGAUAUACGGUAUGCUGCAUCAAAUACCAGGUUUACUAUCAAGGAAAUUGAUAUCGGCUUAGCAGCAGAUAUGGGGACCCUUGCCUACCUACCGAAGAUCACUGGAAACAUGAGCUUCAUUCGUGAAAUGGCCUACACCACGCAAUGGUUUCCUGCAUCCAAAGCAGAACAAAUAGGACUUGUGUCGAAGGUUGUUGAGGGAGGGAAGAAAGAAGUUGACGCUGCCGCUUUAGAAUUGGCUCAACUCAUUGUGAGGAAGAGCCCGAUAGCAGUUACCGGGACAAAGAGACUCCUCAGUCACGCAAGGGAUCAUUCCGUCGCGGAAAACCUUGAAUACACAUCGUUAUGGAACUCUGCUAUGCUUCAGACGAAGGAUAUGAUGGAGACUCUAGUAUCGACCAAGGCCAAACGGCCAGGUAGAUUUUUACCGCUCAACUUCAAGUUUGGCAAGUCAAAGCUCUGA